AUGAAGCACUUGACAUUUUUUCCACAACCCCCGUCUUCUGUUAGACAAAGAAGGAACCCAAAAGAUUCUUUAGAACUGACUAGUGUUCAAGAGCUUCUUGAUGAGAUUAAUGGUAACUGUGACCCUGGCAUGAUGGACAUUAUACGGCAUUGCACAUAUGUUGGAAUGGCAGAUGAUGUUUUUGCUUUGCUUCAACAUAAUACUAGUCUUUAUCUUGCAAAUGUUGUGAACUUGAGCAAAGAACUUAUGUAUCAGCAAGUUCUUAGCCGUUUUGGCCAUUUCAAUGCCAUUCAACUAAAUGAUCCAGUCCCCUUGAAAGACUUGAUUAUAUUGGCACUGAAGGAAGAGGAUGUAGAUUCAGAAUGUAAUGAUGAAGACGUCUUAAAAGAUAAGAUUGCAGAAAUGAACACAGAACUGCUCAAACAAAAGGCUGAAAUGCUGGAGGAAUAUUUUGGCAUUCAUAUAGAUGCGCAUGGAAAUGUUUCUAGACUUCCUGUGAUACUUGAUCAAUACACUCCUGACAUGGAUCGAGUCCCGGAGUUUGCUCUUUGUUUGGGCAAUGAUGUUGAUUGGGAAGAUGAAAAGAAUUGCUUUCAAGCAAUUUCAGCUGCUCUGGGAAACUUCUAUGCUAUGCAUCCACUGAUGUUGCCCAAUCCGUCUGGUGAAGGCUUGCUUUUCUACAAGAAGAGAAAAAUGAUGGAUGGCUAUGUUGAACAGAAUACCCAUGAUAAUGCUGGGAGUGACUUGAUUGACAAAAAAGUUGAACAUGAACUGCUUUCUGAAGCUGAGACAGCAUGGGCCCAGCGCGAAUGGUCGAUACAACAUGUGCUUUUUCCUUCUCUGAGACUCUUUUUCAAACCACCCGUUUCGAUGGCUACUGAUGGAACCUUUGUUCAGGUAACUUCGCUGGAGAAACUUUAUAAGAUUUUUGAAAGAUGCUAG